AUGAACUCCGAGGUGGAUCCAGCUGAGAGUGCUCGAGUCGCCAGAAAGAUAGAUUGGCAUAUGCUUCCAAUUCUUUGUAUCUUAUACGGUAUCAACUAUGUAGACAAGGCUGCUUUGGGAUGGGCUGUAUUGUUCACCUUCAAACAAGAUUUGGGGUUGGUGGGCACAGACUACUCGUGGGUUUCUUCUAUUUUCUACUUUGGCUACCUUGGUGCUCAAUACCCUGCUUCUUACUGUCUUCAACGGUUCCCAGCUGGAAAAGUUAUUGCUUGUACCACCGUUGGUUGGGGUGCAAUUAUGUUAGGACACAUUGGGUGCAAGAAUUACGCAGGUAUUUUGGUGUGUCGGUUCCUUUUAGGGGUGUUUGAAGCUCCUAUUUCAGGUGGAUUUGUGCUCUUCUGUUCAUUGUUUUACACCAGAAAAGAACAGGUUGGUAGAACCAUGGUUUGGGGAUCCAUGCAAGGUAUUUUCAACGUCAUUUUCGGGUUUGUGUCCUAUGGAUUGGGACAUGCCCACAACAGCAGCUUGAAAGAAUGGCAGUUGAUUUACUUGGUAUUGGGACUAUGCUCCUUCGUCAUUGGUGGGUUAUGGUUUGCCUUUAUUCCUGACACUCCCGGAAAAGCUCGGUUUUUAACAGAGGAUGAAAAGGUCAUAGCCAUCAAGAGAGUGUCCAAAAACAUGAUGGGUACUGCCACUCACGAUUGGAAAUGGUCCCAAACCUUGGAGUGUCUUAUGGACCCCAAGACCUGGUUGAUGGUGGCUUUUAUCUUGUUUUCUAUGAUUCCAAACGGAGGAUUGACCAACUUUGGUUCUCUUGUGCUUGCUGAUAUCGUUCACAACAACCUUGAAAGUAUUGCGGUUGGAGUAGGAAGUUCGUUCUUUUCUGCUGGUCAAAUGUUGAUUUUCUCCAUCUUCGCCAUAAAGUAUAACAACUUCAGAACCAUUGGAAUGACUUUCCCCAUGCUUCUUGCCAUUGCCGGUUUAUCGGCAGUUUAUGCCACUGAAACCCAUGGUGCCAAAUGGGGUAGAGUAUUUGCUUACUGGAUGAUCAACUCGUAUGCGGUAACAUGGCCUUUCACCCUUUCUAUGCUUGGUUCCAACUAUGCUGGUCAUACCAAGAGAGCUUCCAUGAGUAUGAUCUUGUUGAUUUUCUUUGCAGUGGGUAAUAUCAUUGGACCUUUCUGUUUCACCAGUGCUGAUGCUCCAAAGUAUACCAAGGCGCUUGCUACGAACUUAGGAUGUUUCUGUGCAUGUUUUGUCAUUGGAGUUGGGUUAAGAGUUUACUUGAUGUAUGCCAACAAGGUGAGAGACAAGAAAUAUGGUGUGGUGGAUGCUGAGAUUAAUGAAGAUAAGAGAUUGGAGGGAAUCUUGAACGGUAUGAAAGAUGAGACUGACAUCAAAAACAAGCUGUUCCGUUAUGUGUUGUAG